GUUUCUGUUUCACAGCAAAUAGCAAAGUCUGUGUGGCGUCGUUGCAAUUUUUGUCAGAGGAAGUUGCCAUUUCCGGCGAGCGAGAGUCGUUCAGUGCCGGGUCCACCAAGGGCUAGGGUUUCCUCGCCAACGGACAGCUUGGACGGGCUCAGCCGGUCGCUGCCGCUGCAAAUGGGAACUCUUUGGAAGGAAGCUUUUCCAGUGGGCACAGAGUGGGACCAGUACGAUCAUGUUUACGAGAUUGAUUGGGAUUUUUCAAACCUGGAGAGUGAGUUUGAAGAAGGAGGAAAAUUAUACGGCAAACGUGUGUAUCUUUUUGGAUGCACAGAGCCGCAACUGGUGCAUUUCACCGAGAACUCAAGAGUCAUUCAUAUUCCUGCUGUUGUCGCGGUAACAUCCCCGUUUCCUCCUUCCGACAAGAUAGGCAUUAAGUCUGUGCAGAGAGAAGAGGAGCUUAUAGUGCCAAUGAAAGAGAUGAAAAUGGACUGGGCUCCAUUUAUCCCACCUGAUGUGAUGGACGUACGUGCAGUUGAGCGGGUUAGGACAAAAAUUUUCACCUUAAAGUGCACUCAAAGAAGGGCUGCUCUGAAGCAGUUGAAGCAAGAGAGGAUAAAGAAGUACGAGUACUGCCUUCCUUAUAUUUAUUCACCUAUGAAGGAGGACGAAACAGUGGAUGAGACUGUUGUGAACAUCAUGUACCCUUUCGAAGACGAGAGCAAACCUCCGGUGGUCUGCGAGUAUGAUUGGCAAUUCGACGAGUUCGAUGAGUUCGUCGACAACCUUAUCGCCGAAGAGGAAUUGCCUGCCGAUGAGCGUAAGAAGUUUAUGGAUUUUCUGAAGGAACUUGUUGGGAAGGAGAAGAAAAAAGUUCGAGAGGCCAAAUCGGCACGUAAAAAGGCACUGGAAGACAUGAGCAAAGAUUUGUUAGAGGGAUUUCAGAAUAUGAAAUUUUACAAGUUUUAUCCUGUCAAGAGCGACAAGUACCCCGAUAUAUCAGAGAUGAAGAGCGCUUUUAUCAAUAGAUAUUACGGUAGGGCCACGGAGGUCUUGUAGUCUGCACUGAAAGUUUUACAGUCGGCUACAUCACGCCACUCGUCCUCUGCAAGGACCACUUCGUAGUUUGGUUCUUGCAUGCUGAACAACCCCUUCAUUUUUUUUGUAGUUUUUAUCCCGGAGUCCAACGCACUCCUUGAUUUGAUACCUCCCCAAUUUUUGUUUAGUGUAGUUGUGUUGUGGGCCUGUAUGUGCCUUAAUGCAUGUAAUUCUUCCUAGCCGUGGAUGAUUGCCUGGUCAUCCCAGCUUUACUCUAUCUUGGAGUAGCGCACACGAGUUUCGUAAAAUGCUCAUGUACUUGCGUGAGAAAAAAAAAUAGUCCCGGCCAAUUUUCUUUAAUAAAGAAAAUGAGACUUUGAUUUCAGUUCGUCUCCUAUGCACUUAUUACUCAAUUAUUUGUAGGAAUUUCCAAUUCGAUGACGUGACCUAAAUCUGAUAUAUCCAAAUUAAGUGAAUUUCCUCCUGGUAGUGUUGUACCCUAUUAAGUUCGAAAUGCCCUCAGAAAUUCCUAUAAAUUUGAAUCGUCGUUAGAAGCCAUGCUGUUUCCACCGUUUCCCAACCAAGGCCAAUUGUACAACUGGCGCUUGUAAGCUGAUGGGGCAGCCUACUUCUGUCACGGCGAAUUGUUGACACUUGGCUCAAAUGCUGCCAUGCCGUGCCAAGUGCUCAGCUAACCCAUAUGCAAACCUUGCAUUGAUUUGUCUAACUUAUUCUUACUGGCGGUUGUGCUAUUAUUCUCCUUCGGCACAAGGUGAAGCUAGCGGUGGGAGUAGACAGAGAUUAGGUUCGUCAGUGUUUAUUUAAACUUCUUCCGCUUCAGAUUUUAACUCAGAUCCGUUUGCGAAAGUAGCAUAACGUUUUGAUUAACUUUGAGUUUGAUCAGCCACAUUUAGGGAAUCAGAGUUUUGUGAAGCAGAUAGAGAAAUGGAGAAGGCUCAGACCGGUGCGGAACGCCAUGCCUACAGGGAUGACAUGGAAGAUUCAUACGGUGCGGGGUACACAACACGCUCUUCAGAUGAAGGCUAUGGCGAAAGAUGUGGCGAAAGGUAUAGCGAGGCUGUGAAGGCAGUUCUAGACAAGAAGGCGCAGAAGGAAGAUCAUGUGGGGGAGAUGCAGAGUGGCAUGACUGCUAACCGAGACCUAUCUGCGGACGCAGGUGUGCACCCCGAGUAUAAUCGGUCGCAAGGCUCUCACGUCGCCCAGAAGGAAGAUUCACGCCACGCUACCAACGACCAAUUUGAAGACGCUUCCACUGGGAAAAGUCGAGCAGUUUAGCUUGGUAGCCGUGGAGGAGCUGCAUCUUAGAAUCACACAAUGGGUUUUAGUUAGUAGGAACUGGGGUCGUUUGAGUUACCGGAAUGGCUGUGUGUUUUAAUUAGGAUGCGAAAUCUUAAAGGAAAUAAGCAAUUCUCUAGAGUGGCGACAUCCAGUUCCGAGGUGCAAGAGUUCUGUGAAUAAUAGUGGGCAUUGUAGCUUCUUUUCAUGUCAUUCAAUAGGAUGUAAACAGACAACCCAUAUUUCUGUAAUCAGUGGCGAGUUUUUGGACUCACAAUCUGAAAGAUUCUCAAGCGUGUCAA